UUUCUGCAGCUGUUAUAGAUUUAGAGGUUUACAGAAUCGAUUCUUUUCGGCUGUCCGAUUCAACGAUAUAUGUUUAUUCUUGAGUGUGUCAGUAUUAAUUGGUAUUAGUCUUUAUCAAAAAUAUAUUAACAGUGUUACUGAAUAUUAGUGACCAUUCCGCAGAGUUAGCCUUAUAAGUCACAUAUUCAUUUUUGCGAGCUGAAGGAAAAUGAAGGGAUGAGGAGGCGGAGAGAGGAAUCGAUCUUCAGUCUGGCGGUGGUCUCGUGGUCUACAGUGUCGUAUUUAACGCUGCGAGACGGAAUUGUGUAAAAACAGAAGCGGCUUAGAAAAUCUAUGGAUGAAUGGAUGAAUGGAUGGAUGGAUGGAUGGAUGGAUGGAUGUUCCAGUUUGAUUAUGAAUCGAUUUAUUUCGUCCUGUGAAUCGGUUCGUCUGUUAUACUGAAAAGAACCGAUACUAAAGAACCGAUUCGUUUCCGAGUCCAGGCAUCGCUGCAGCACGCGGAGAGCCUUGGAUAUGAGGGUUUUUGGGAUGGAGGGGGAAUCGGGCCCGGAGGUCGUCACCCCGGUGCUGCGCAGGCCAGGGGAGGUGGAGGAGACCACCAGAACACGGAAAAAGAAGAAGAAGAAAAAGGAGAUCAUCUACUGCUCAGAGGCGGAGGACCAGGAUGAGGGCGAGGGGUCAGCAGUAAUAGGAGAGGGCGAGGGGUCAGAGGGAAUGGAUGGAGCCCUCAGCUCCCCGCCGGGAGAAGCUGUUUGGGACCCUCCUGCAGACGGCCGUUUCGUGACUCUUACGGGAACAAUCACUCGGGGGAAGAGGAAGGGCGAGCUGGUGGAGAUUCGGCUGACCCUCACCGAGCGGGAGCUGAGGGACAUGGCUCGUUCUAAAGAGCGUCUGGAUGAGGAAUGUGAGGGUCCAGGACCCCGGCAUGCUGUGUGCAGGCUGGAGGCGGGACGGGGUCCACAUGUGCUGCUCUGGAGCCUGUCCUGCUUGCCCUUCAUCUUCCUGCUGGCCUUCAUCACUUCAUUCUACUAUGGCACCCUGACCUGGUACAACAUCUUCCUGGUGUUCAAUGAGGACCGCACGUUCCUACACAAGGUGCUGGUCUGUCCCCUGCUGGUGCUGAGCUACCCGCUGCUCAUGGUGCUGCUGUGUGUGGGUGUAGCGGCGUACGCAGCGGCCACUCAGCUGUCCUGGAGCAUCGGGGCGUGGUGGCAGGCGGUGGGCGACCUGGAGAAAGGCGUGUGCGGGUGGGCCUGCGGCAAACUGGGACUAGAGGACUGCGCCCCCUACAAUGUGGUGGAGCUGCUGGACUCGGACACGCUGUCCGGAACGCUGCAGAGUCGGCGGGAGGAGACGUCCUCCGUGUGAAAUCCUCCAGGAGACACUUUACCCACAAUGCCCCUCUCAGCUCUGCAGUGCUGGGCUCUUAUUUUCUCUUAAGGUGCUACGAGUCAUUUUAAACUAUGCCACUCACUUUACAUGUUUAUGUUAAAUAUUUAUGCAUUUAUUUAUUUAUUCAUUCUUUUGCUGCUUUUGAUACUGUGUUAGAAAGACCACACUGCGGUCAGUGUUGGUCAGUAAUACAGAGUCGUGUGUAACGGUUCUCCUGGUUAUGAAAACGUGUUGUUUGUGGUGAUCUCUUUGUCUUAUGGUGCUUUUUUUAUAGGCUCAGCACAACUGAUCGAGUUAUUGAUGAACGUCAAUAAAGAGCAGUUUGUCUGAAUCUGAUCAGGACCUGGUUUUA